UUGAAACACAACAAUCAGCGGUCAUUUUGGAUUUGUGUUUGAGGAAAACUCGGUCAGGGAAAUCCCUUGAUUAUCGCGAUGUCAUUGUUUUCGUAAAGCUCCGUUUUCAAAAUGUUUUCACACUAUUAAAAACGCAAAGCUAACGUUUUCUAACUCCUCCGGUUUAAAGAGCGUUUUCGAAAAGCUCCGUUUUCGUGAUGGGUCAGUGCGGACGGUAGGCCUGACCGUACGUAGAAAUAAAGCUGCGUUUUUAAAUUUCUCCGGUGUAGUGUGAAUGUGGCCUCAAGUUACUUUUAGACUUUACGAGUUCUUUCGGUUUGAAAGAAGUAAAUGUCCAUCGCAACAAAUUAAGGCCCAUUUGCACUACGCGGAAGUUUUUGUACAGCUCUCCGGAUAAAAUUGUUACUGAGUACGGUCGAAAAUUGGCACAGGUGGCACUUCUAUCCAAGCCGUACCAAAACUUUCGCGUAGUUUUAAAGCGUGGGCCAUCGUUGCGAAGUAAAUAGUGACCCGUCCUCACUAUAAUGAAAAGCCACGAGUGAAAUAAACUUUUCCUGUGUUGUAAGGUUUCUCAUGUUGUUUCAUUCAUAAGGAGCUUAGGCCUCGUCAACACUACGUCGGAGAAAUUUGAAAACUGAGUUUUUGUCUUUGAAAACGAAUCAAAUGUUUUCCGUCCACACUACGGAGGAGAUAUUUAAAACGGAACAACCAUCGGUCAGUUUGGAUUUGUGUUUGAGGAAAAGUUCGUCAGGAAAAUCACAGGAUUAUCGCCAUGUCAUCGUUUUCGUAAAGCUCCGUUUUCAAAAUGUUUUUCUGUCCACACGGAACGAAAAGCCGACGUCUUCAGAUUCCUCCGGCGUACUGUCGACGGGGCCUUACAUAAACAAAGAUCGGUCAAUAUUUUGGCAGUCUUUUCGGAGCAUCAAUUUUGGAAGAUUGCGCGGCAGUUCCUAGGUUACGGUAUGCAUCACAGCAACAAUUCUUUUUGAUAAUUUUAUUCCAUUUAACACCUUUUGGUUUUCUCCACAUCAUCGAUACAAUUGGACUACCGCGGACUGUCUGGUUCAGACAAUAUCUGAGUACGGCGUCAAGCAGCCUCCAAAGAGUCAUAUUUAAGUCGGCAAAACAUUGAACAAUGCUAUGAAGACAAGAAAAGAUUCAUCGUCAAAAUCCGUUCCAAACUCCUCGGCUUGUAACGUUCAAGUACCCAUCUACGGAGCCGUUCACAGGGUACAUCGUAAAUUCACAAUGGCGACUCUAAUUCGCAUUUUAUUAGGUCUGGUAGUGUUUUUAACCUUUCUAGGUAAUAUACUAUUUAUACUGGAGACGAGGAGAAUGAACGCUGAAGGUGAAAAGUCAAUUAUUGAUCCUGAAACUCCUCGACAAUCUCUCUGGCGAUCACGUGACGGUGCCGAUAGCAAUGUUGUGAAGACAGCCACUGUUCCAAGUCAUUUAGACAUACAGGUUUUCUCGAGCAAAGAAAACGUUUCAGUGACGGUGAAUGGAAAACUGGUUUAUGAAGGAACCCAAUCAAUUGGGAUACACGUUGUGGUUCUUCAUCAAGCCAAAGGAAGUGUGACGACCUGGCGAGUUUUUGACACAUAUUCCACCGGCCAAGAAUCCAAACAACUAAUAGAUUUCAUCCGCAGUCUGCGAGAAGAACGGAUCCUUUGUUUCGCUGUUAAGGACGAGGCGACCACGAAUUUGAUGAAAUCCGCGCGAAGCUUCCUCAAAAGCUUGGGCAGUACUUACAUCAACCAAUUACAGUGGCGCGACAUGUGGGCAUUUGUGGUUCAGAGAGUCAACAAUGAACACUUCGUGUAUGCUGAGGGAUUUCAGCAUUCACUGAAUGACCAGGAAUGGGCUUCUCCUGUCAGUAUUCACACGACAGUUCCUUUCAGAGCGGAAAAGAUUGUAGGGUGCAGUUGGGAAAAUAACGAAGCCAACAGUCGAAGGAAAGAGUUUUGCGAUAAGUUUGAUGGAUACAAAGACAUUUGUAAAUGUGAGGAUCCCGACUCUCUAGUCUUUGACCCUCCGCCGUUACCGGACGGAAGCCGUAUCGACCUUCCUGUGUUAAUCAUGGCCAGUAACCGCCCACAGUACUUUUCCAGAAUGCUGCAAUCACUACGGAGAGUCAUAGGACUGAAUGCUGCCAUGGUAACAGUCUUUAUUGACGGCUUCUUUGAAGAGCCUGCAUUGCUUGCUGGACUGUACAAGUUAAAGGUUGACCAACACGAGGGUGUAAGCAAACGAAACGCCAGAAUCGCCCAGCAUUACAAGAAAUCGCUGACUGCUUCAUUUGAUCGGUAUCCCGAGGCAGACUUUCUGGUUAUUCUUGAAGAAGAUCUUGAUAUAUCUGUGGAUAUUCUCACCUACUUCAAUCAACUUCUACCGGUAUUGGAAAAAGAUGACAGUCUUUACUGCAUAUCAGCUUGGAAUGAUCAGGGCUAUCAACACACAGUUAAAGAUCCAGCCAUGAUGUACAGAGUGGAUACAAUGCCAGGACUCGGAUGGGUUUUGCAGCGAAAUUUGUACAAAGACGAGUUAGAGGAAAAAUGGCCUGGACCCGACGACUUCUCGGACUGGGACAUGUGGAUGAGGGGCCCGGAUCAGAGAAAGGGCCGCGAGUGCAUUAUACCUGACAUCUCUCGCACCUAUCAUUUUGGGGCCAAGGGUCUGAACAUGAACCCAUACUUUCAAAGCCAUUACUUCUCUAAACAUGCGCUGAACACUCAGCCAAAUGUUAAGCUGGAUGUGAACGUCAUGUACAAGGACAACUACGAGAAGGAAAUAGAGAGACUAUUGAGAGGUGCUAAAAUCUUGGAUCAUUCAAAAACGCCCUGUACAAAUCCCGAGGAUUUUGUUCCCUUCACAGAGGACAAGAUUUAUGCGUUUUACAUCAGAAUGGACAAUAUCUACGACUUCACCACGUGGUACAACGUGGCAAAAUGUUUCAAAAUCUGGGAUUUAGAUCCACGCGGUUUUCAUAAAAGUUUAUGGCGACUGUGGUUCAAUGGAAAUCAUGUAUUGAUUGUGGGGUGCCCAGCCUCUCCGCAUUGCAUUCAUAAGCCAAGCAGCUUACAACCUAUUUAUAUUCCUAAGACGCAAACGAGGGACUCUCAUACAUAAAUAAAUACAUAGACUUUAUUUUUUCUCGAAUUUAAGAGUAGCUAUUAACAAACUAAUUCUUCUGAGAGAAAAAUAACAAAAGAAAUCAAAAUAAUAUACUGUAAUAUACAAACUACAAUUCAGUACAAUAUUUAAAACUAACGGCUAAAAUGAAAUAAAUCUUUUAAAAUACUAUAUUAAGCAGAAAGUUAAUUUACAAAAUGUCCCAAAUUUACAUUAAGUUAAGGCCAGCUAAUAUAUUUUUUAAAGUCAUUAAGGUUCAACUUGAAGUUCGAACAUUGUCCGGCAGUGAGUUCCAUUGUUUAACAACAUGAUAAGAAAAAGAGAGGUCAUAAGUAGUAGUUUUAGGUACAGGGAGGGUCAGAAUGUAGUUACAGCGUAAAUUAUAGGAGGUAGUACGGACAGUAAACAUAUUCCUCAUGUAGAUAGGAUACUUAGUUAGAAAUAAACUGUUGUAGAGUACAAUUAACAUAUUGUGUAUACGUCUGUUAUAUAGAGAAAUACAGUUGACUUUGUCCAAUGAGGUAUUUUGUGUAGAUUCAAAAUCAGCUAGAGUGAAUCUAAGAUUCCUUUUAUUGAGAGCACCAUCUAGUUUCUAGUUUCUCAGUAUUUCGCGCGUCGCAGAAAUGCCACACCGAUGAACAAUAAUGUAAGUGUGGUAGGGUUAAGGCCUUAUACAGUCUAAUUUUAAGUGUCCUCGAUUAGAAGACCACUUGUGGUCGGCUAGAAGAAUUUGACACAAUGGUAAAGUUACUGACUGACUGACCAAAGUGGCUUUGGAGAUCAGUUUUCUAAAUCUCAUCAUGACAUGUAACUGAUUAUUUACGGCUUUUUGCAAAGCGAACAUACGCGUUUAUCAAACUGAAGUUUGGUGUCAAAGUUCAUACCAAAUAUGUCAAUUAACUCUUUUACUAGAAAAGAGAAAGUAUGCUCCGUAUCACCAACGAUCAAGGCCUGAUGUUUAGUUUCGUUGACAAUCAUACCGUGGUCAUUGUACCAUUGAUUUGCUGUUUCAGCUUCCUUACAGAAGCAUUCUUCUGGUGCCACCGGAUCGCUGUUCGAGUUAUAAAUCUGAUGGUCGUCAGCAUACUCGUUUAGCUUCGCUCUCUUUAUAUGAUAGAAAAGGAUCGUCUAUGAAUAUAUUAAAAAGAAUAGAGCCUAAAACUGAGGCACCCCGCGCUUAACAGUCUCCCAUGACGAGAAAGUGUCACCAAUCUUCACCCUCUGUUGUCAAUUUGACAGAUAGUCUCUUAACAGGGCACAGCUGUCCUCGUCUAGUCCGUAGGGUUUGAGCUUGGCUAAUAACAGGGGUACUGUGUAACAUCAAAGGACUUUGACAAAUCCAUCGACACUAUCCCCACGCGUUGCCCAUCAUCACGCAUUGACCUCCACUCUUCUGUCAUUCUUGAUAACGACGUCUCACAGCUGUGGAAAACUCUUCGCUUCUCGGAACAGAUAAUGCCCGCGGACAAUUAUCCUAGCAUAUUUUCGCGCCAAAUGGAGGCUAUUGUUGAUUUAUCUUAAGAACUCGAAAUUUACUUUUCUGUAGUCCACUGAGGAAUUAAUUAAUGUCGAUUUCAACUUCGCCAAAGUCUUAAGGGCAUUGUUGAGAUUUUCAUCGUAACGACUUCCAGACAAUUUUGAGAUUUGUUUGCAAGAGUAUCCUGCUUGUUUUACUUUGAUUUGCUUGGACGCCAUAACUAAGGUUAGAUGAUAUUCUUGGAAUUAACCCAACCUACCAGCUUACGGUCAGUGUUAUGUACACUGAUUUUGUGUUCCCCACUGUACUGCAUUCAGUAAAUCACUAACAAAAAUUAUUCCCUGACAAUAAAAAAAAAUCUUUCUUAAUUCAUCAACUGGCAGAACUUUCUGUUUGGUUCGU